GGCGAUUUCGCUCUCGCGACUGGAAUAAGCGGCUGGCUGGCGCGAUAAACUUUGCCAAGGGGAGCGGGCUCGGCUGCCCACCCCAGCUGCACCGCACAACCCUCCUCCUCCUCCUCCUGCGACCAGGUCUCGGGAGCUGCCGCUCUUGCCCCUGCCGUGCCCUGCUUCUGUCGGCCUGGGAGGAGUGACCUUGCUACCAGCGUCUGGAGGGAAUCCUUGGAUCGGGUUGGGUUUGGAUUUGUGCGAGGUGUUUUGAAAAGGAAAACAAGGGGACAUUCUCCUCGUAGCAUUGAACAAGGGGCCCAUACAUCCUCGGGAAGCCAGCUCUGUGGGUCAGGCAACCUGGAGACCGCCGCCACUCCGGCCUGCUGGCCAAACCCGGAAGGGACCUCCCUGGGGCUCGUGGGAAGAAAGAGCCCUCUGUGAUCUGCUGGUGUGGGCUGCUCGGAGACUUGUGGCUCUGCUGUGCUUCCAAGACUUUUAAGUUCUGGAUGUUGCUGGCACUUUGGAGAGACCAAGAGAGCGAGAAACAUUUAAAAAGCGGGUCUCUGGAGACUUCUGAACCACACCAUCCCAGAUGAUAAAAUUCAAAGAAAGACACCGGUUCUCCAUUAGGAUGGAAUUGCAAAGCAGAGUCCACUCAGAUCACUGGCUCUGAAAGCAACAUAAGCCAAAGAAGACAGGGAAAGACGCCUUUGGAAGGAACGUGGCCCUUUCCUGGAGAGAAGCAUCUUCUUCUGCCAUCUUGGCGUGGCCUAUGGUGGCCCAGAAGGCAACCUUGGAAUUUAUUUGCGUACAGAAAGGAGUGGCAGGGAGGAGGCUGGCAGGCAACCUCCCAUUGUGUGAAACGACUCCUUUGGACUUGCAAGUGGUGUUGAGGCCUUCGGGGAGACUCAUGGGAAGGGGAGGCGGCAAAGAAACACGCUAAAAAAAGCCAACCCAGAUCCAAGGGAAAUCCAACCGGCCACUUCUCUGAAUCCAGCGGAAAGAUUAACCAGUCCAGACGGCUGUGGAUUAGAAGCCCCUUUUCCCACUCCUUAAGAGGCUCUUGCAAGGAGCCCAAGCUGUUCAACCGCCCCAAUCCUGCCGUGGCAGUGGUAGCAGUGUGACACAAGCGUGGCAGCUAAUCCACUUGUAAAGCCACAGCCUGAGCAGAGCAGCCACAUGUAAGAGGGACGGCCUUUGCUCCAGAUCUGAAUCGCAACAUUUGCAUGAUAACGACUUGCAGAAUUUAUUUUGGGCAGGUUCCAAAGGCCUAACACUGGGUCAGCCUAGCACCCCGCGCGCCAUGGCGACCACCUCCCCAACCGCGGCCGUGGUGACGGCCACCGUGGUGACGACGGCAGCAGCCAUGGACCUGCGGGACUGGCUCUUCCUCUGCUAUGGCCUGGUGGCCUUCCUGAGCGAGGUGAUCGACAGCACCACCUGCCCGUCCGUCUGCCGCUGCGACAAUGGCUUCAUCUAUUGCAACGACCGGGGCCUGACCUCCAUCCCGACAGACAUUCCUGACGACGCCACCACCCUCUACCUGCAGAACAAUCAGAUCAACAAUGCUGGCAUCCCCUCCAACCUGAAGAACAAGCUCAGUGUUCAGGUCAUCUACCUCUACGAAAAUGACCUAGACGAGUUCCCCAUCAACCUGCCCCGUUCGCUGAGGGAGCUCCAUCUGCAGGACAACAACGUCCGCACCAUCGCCCGCGACUCCCUGGCACGCAUCCCUCUUCUGGAAAAGCUGCACCUGGACGACAACUCUGUCUCUACGGUCAGCAUCGAAGACGACGCCUUUGCCGACAGCACCCGCCUCAAGCUGCUCUUCCUCUCGCGCAACCAUCUCAGCAGCAUCCCGUCUGGCCUGCCCCGCACCCUGGAGGAGCUGCGGCUGGACGACAACCGCAUCUCCACCAUCCCCCUCCACGCCUUCAAGGGGCUGAACAGCCUGCGGCGCCUGGUGCUGGACGGCAACCUCUUGGCCAACCAACGCAUUGCCGAUGACACCUUCAGCCGCCUGCAGAACCUCAGUGAGCUCUCGCUGGUGCGCAACUCCCUGGCGGCCCCACCUCUCAACCUGCCCAGUGCCCACCUUCAGAAGCUGUACCUCCAGGACAACGCCAUCAGCCACAUCCCCUACAACACCCUGGCCAAGAUGAGGGAGCUGGAGAAGCUGGACUUAUCCAACAAUAACCUGACCACCUUGCCCAAAGGGCUUUUUGAUGACCUUGACAGCCUCUCCCAGCUUCUGCUCAGAAACAACCCCUGGUACUGCGGCUGUAACCUCAUGUGGCUGCGGGACUGGGUCAAAGCCCGGGCUGCGGUGGUGAAUGUGAGGGGGCUGAUGUGCCAGGGCCCCGACAGGGUCAGAGGCAUGGCUAUCAAGGACAUCACCAAUGAGAUGGACGAGUGCUUUGAGGUGGGCCCACAGGGCAACUCAGGUGCCGUGGCAGCCAAAACGACGGCCAGCAACGCUGCUGUCACUACACCGCAGGGCUCCCUUUUCACGCUCAAGGCCAAAAGGCCCGGCAUCCAGCUCCCAGACUCCAACAUUGACUACCCCAUGGCCACUGGGGCCGGAGCCAAAGCACUGAUUCUGAGCGUCAAGCCACUGACAGCCGACAGCAUCCGCAUCAGCUGGAAGGCGAUGCUGCCGGCGGCCUCUUUCCGCCUCAGCUGGCUGCGCCUGGGCCACAGCCCGGCCGUGGGCUCCAUCACAGAGACCCUGGUGCAAGGCGACAAGACAGAGUACCUACUGACAGCUCUGGAGCCCAAGUCUACCUACAUCAUCUGCAUGGUCACCAUGGAGACGGGCAGCACCUACAUACCUGACGAGACUCCUGUGUGUGCCAAGGCGGAGACGGCGGACAUGUAUAGUCCCACCACCACCCUCAACCACGAGCAGAACAUUGACCCAAUGGCCGGGCUGCCACUGGCAGGGAUCAUUGGUGGGGCAGUGGCCUUGGUCUUCCUCUUUCUGGUCUUGGCCGCCAUUUGCUGGUACGUCCACCGGACAGGCGAGCUGCUGACACGAGAGCGAGGCAGCCGGAAGAAAGACGACUACGUGGAGUCAGGCACCAAGAAGGAUAACUCCAUCCUAGAGAUCAGAGGACCUGGCUUGCAGAUGCUGCCCAUAAACCCUCAUCGGGCUAAGGAGGAAUACGUCAUCCACACCAUAUUCCCUUCCAAUGGAACCAGUCUGUACAAAAGCACCCAUACCAGCGGCUACGGCACAACUCGUGGGUACAGAGACGGGGGAAUUCCAGACAUAGACUACUCGUAUACAUGAUGCAAAAUUCCCCCUCCUCCCACAUAAAGCCUCCUUCCACCCCACCCAAACUCUUCCCUGUUUUUACCCCCCUUCCCAUCAUACACCCCAGGGUUUUGCCAAGAUGGAAAAAUUGCAAAGCAAACACAAAAAACUGUUUUCCAAGUAGAACCAGGUGGAACGAAAGGGAGGGGAGGGGAAGGAAGUUUUACAAAAGAAAAAAACAAACCGCAAACCUAUUUUGUAGAAAAACACAAAAGUUUUUAAAAAGUAGACAUGGAGGGAAAGAGACAUAAUUUAUAUUUAAUAUACCAGAUUUAAAAGAACACAAACACCCAACUCAGACCAUCAAGGAACAUUGUGGGUGGUGGUUUUUUCCUCCCGAGGGUGGAGGAGGGUUAGGGGAAGUCCUGGAAGGGGGGAAAAAAGCUACCUGUUUUAUCUUUCUUCCUGUAUAAAUCUUCUAUUUUGUUCAGGGGGUAGAUUAUAAAAAAAAACAAAAAACAAAAGAACACGUCAAAAUGUCUUUUCUGGUGGCUAAACUGUUGACUGUAGAGGGGCGAGGACUCGUGUGAAUCCGCUUCCAGUUCUCCUUUUGCAUCCUAUAACUCUGCUUUUCUUACAGGUUCCACGUUUUUCAUGCCAUUUGAGAGAGGAAAAUAUAUCUAUCUAUAGCCUUUGGGUUUGGGGAGUUGCCUGAACCAAACCUUCCAUUCCCACCUGCUGUAGCUGCCUGGAUGUCCCCUUGCCCACCUCCCCUGCUGCAGCGCCAGGAAACCUUCAACUCCGGUCUUCUGCUCAACACAAACUGAACAGAUGAAUCUCCAAGCAGUUACCUCUUCCUCCCCCCACCCCUUGUCCUCUCCCUUGGGACAAUCACUCAAGAUUAUUCUCUUCGUAGAAAUAAUUCAAAAUGUAGCCCUGUCUUUUUAGCAAAAAAGCAAACAAAAACUGAUGUGGAGACAGCCCAGGCCAGCGUCUUCCAGCCAGCAAGAUGUUCCUCCCAAGGCGGGGACCCCGGAGUCCUCAGAAUGAAUCUCAGGUUCACACAGAGCGUGGCUGAUUUUGAGAGGUUAAGGAAAGAGAAGCAGGUUUUGGUUCAUGUUUUUCUGCACUGAUUCCAGGCGAGGCCAUCCAUCACUCCCAACCAAGACAGUCAAGGCUUUCUUUGGUCUCCUUCCAGCACCACUGUACUGCUUUGGACCUCCAGAUGUGCACCUGUGAAUGCCAGGCAUGUGAGAAGGCCCUAGGGGGCAACGCUCCACAGGACGGUCUGCACAACUUGCGCCCUGUCGAGUCAGAGGCAGCACAAAUCCUAUCUACUAUGGCCUGCCAGAAGGGUUGGGGCUUCUUGGCAUUCCCAGGCAGGGAGCAAAAGCAGGUGACUUGUUGCACCCCUAGUGGGCCACCAUUAGAGGAGAGCUGGUCUUGUGGUAGAAGGUAGCAAGCAUGAAUUGUAUCCUUUGCUAAGCAGGGUCUAUCCAGGUUUUCAUUUGAAUGGGAGAUGACAUGUGUGAGCAUUGUCAGGUGUUCCCCUCGGGAGAGGGGGCUGCUCUGGGAAGAGCACCUGCUUGCUUGCAUGCAGAAGGUCCCAAGUUCCCUCCCUGUCAGCAUCUCCAAGACAGCACUGGGAGAGACUCCUGCCUGCGACCUUCACUGCCAGUUUGUAUAGACAAUACUGAGCUAGAUGGAUAUAAGGCAGCUUCCUCUGUUCCUACCAUGUGUGGUUAGUAAGCUGCCUUCGUUUUGGUGGGCCACAAGUUGUGCAGGCUGUUCCGGGGCUCGAAUGGCUCCUUGGAGGACUGGUGUUCUCUAGGGCAAUCAGAGGGAAAUGGAUACCAUUGUUUGAUGGCAAGCACUCAAAAGCUACAUCCGGACAUGCGCCCAUGUGGGGAACAAUGCUUCUAUCAUGGAGCUUGCCUGGAGAUGAAGCCUCCCAAAGGCCAUGUUGGAGAUGGAAAGCGUUGACAGUGAGCAACAAGGAGCAGAGCGGCCUCUGUCCUCGUGCCUGGAAGCCAUUGCAGCUGGUCGUCGUCAAAGUGUGAGAAAUGAGCUGGGAACAGAGUGGUUGUGUGUACAUGCCAUGCAUGUGCCAGGCUCCUGGGUUUGGUUGCCAGUGAAGCACUCGGUGCAGUGGACCCCUGGUCUGAGGGAGCUUAGGAGUCUGCCCAUUGCCAGCCUCACACACUGCUGUUUCCACUAAACCUGAGGGUGUAGAAUGUGGGUCGUAGAGGCCCAAAAAAUGCUGAGGAUGGGUGUGUGGGUGGUGGAGUUGAGAUGAAGAAUUCAUGGGAAAGAAGCUCAGAUUUAGGAGGGUCCCCAGGCCCCGCUAGUGGUGUGUAGGCAUCUUGUCAAGAGCUCUUUGCCAUGAAGGCUAGGUGGAGCUUCUACAUUCAGAGGAAUACAAAGACGAGGAGGAGGCCAUCUUGUUCACACUUCUCCAGAGUCAAUUUCCACAGUUGGAAACAGAAUGCUGGAUUAAGAUGGCCUUUGUCUGAUGUUCUCAAACCCCUAAACAGAAUGUGGGAAUGGGGCUCUCCCAUUUGCAGCUCCUCUUUUCCUUCUUCAUGGGAGCCAUAGUUGUUCUUGCCUUGUGUUAAGAUUUAAAUAUUUCUCAAAGAUAAAAGAUCAGGCAGGACACAAUUAAGUGCAAUUCUACAUCGCCAAGCAGAGGGAAGUUGGAAUGCUUGCCUGUUAAAUACAUUCAGUGCUGGAAAGAUUAGUCCACGGUUCAGUUCAAAGCCCAGCCUGCACCACUGGUGGCCAUCAAGUCUAAUGUGUCUCAUCAGUCACAAUCUGUGACCCUCCCAAAUGUUCAAGCAGGGGGUGAAUCAAGUCCCCCAGUGGCUCACCAGACAAGUCUGGCGGACUGUGUUGGGCUUGGCAGGUCACAAGGUGUACAGGCCUGAUUUAGGCAGGAUUUGGCAGAGAGCCCCAGGGGUCACCCAGAAGCCCCCACAACGCAAACCAACAGCAAAAACCAACAAAGCCCACACAACAUAGAGGAAUCUGUUAGAAGUCACUUUACAUGUCACUCAACAUACUGUCUCUCAUGUGUAUGAAUCUGCCACAUUUCAACCCCUUAAUUUCCAAGAAUGGCAAUAAAUGGGAUUAGCUGGCUAACUGGAGAGCAGGCAAUAAACGCGCCAUUAGAGGCUUCUUUCAGAAGCUUCUCUGCUCCUCAGUGGGGCUCUCUGACAGGCUUGUAUUCCUUAAUAGCAACAAUAACCACCACUUGGGAAGAGGGGAAAAAAGCAUUUUAAGCUGCUUGUGACAAAACAAAGUGACAGUAAAGCGGGGGGGGGGGGAGAGAGAGGAGCAGAAAAAGAAAAAUCUUAAGAGCCUGGACAAUUGCCGGGAAAGUGGCAGAACAAACCUUAGCAUCCAACAACUUCCCAGUGGGCAGUUCAUUCCUCUCUGGAUUAGAGUUCAUAUCCAGCCAUGCAGCUGGCUACUUGCUUUCAUGCAAGGUGGUAUAGUCCUAACCAAUUGUUACUGGCCCUUCCAGUAAUAAACUGAAUUAGAUUCCAAUCUAAUCAUCAGUGCUAGGUAUAUAGCACGAUAUAAUCUCUGGGAAAUAGCAAAACACCUAACAAUUCAGGCUGGGCAUUAUUAUUAACAGUGAGGUCUCAGAGAAAGAGAAACUCCUGUCUCACGGGCACGUAGCUCUUCAGGAGACGGGCUCCCAUGGCUCUGAUUCCGUACCCCAGGUGCUCUGCAUAAAAUGUACCUUUCUGUAGCUGCAGAUCCCAGCCCUUGAUUAUCAGUAUGCAAAUUUAUGCAGCUCAUUAGCAGCGCACUGAAAUAACCAGUGGAGGCGGUGGGGGGGAGUUUAAAAGCACCCAUCCACAGAAGUCAUUCUGGAAAGGAUCGGUAGGUGGGUGGCUGGCUUAUUUCCUUCCUAUUAAACAUCAUCAACAAGGAAAAGGCAACAAAAAUGAGCGUGCGCUCCAGGCUGGCUAAUAUUUACACACUGAAUGCCACUUCACACCAUCCGGGCCUUGGACCCAGCUUGCCAGUCUCGCCUCCCGUGAAGUGCAAUUUUAUUAAGCGUUUAACUCUAUAUACAGUACUUAACAAACAGAGCUAAUGAGAGUGGGCUCUCAGGGAGGAUGCAUUUAGCACAAUACAAAAACAAAAAAAACUUCCCACCUUUCCCUGCUGUUCAUUAAUUCAGGUGAUUCAAGGGUUGUUUGGUGCACGCUUGCUGCCAGCACACACAUGCGCGUGCACACACACACACACACAUCCUGCCUUUACGGUAACAAGCAAUUUGCAGCUCAGCUUGCAAAGUUUCCGUUUAAGAGGGAGUGUUUUUUUUAAAAAAUACAUACAUAAAGCAAGAGACCAGUGGGAGGGAAGAAAAGUUUAAAGGCUGGUUUCUUUCCUUCAUUAAGCAGCCUUUGAACUUGGCCUCCCUCUGCCCUUUCUUGGAGGGUGGCAACAGAGCACAGCCACGGCUAGAGAGAUGUAGGUGGGAAAUCUCAUGGUGCAUUUGUCAUGGAGCCUGGAGGCUUGAACCAGGAUCCUUGCAGGUUGGGACUGGGACUAAGCCUAGCGAAUUCUGGGGAACUGUGUGUGUGUUUAAGUCCGAGCACCCUUUUUGGGCACAGAUGGGAAUUGGUGGGGCGGGGGGGGAAUACAACAGGGACCCUUGUGAUUGGCAGGUUAAUACAAAGCUUCCAUGUCACCUUAAGUGGCGCAGCAGGGAAAUGCUUGACUAAGAAGCAGAAGGGUGCCAGUUUGAAUCCCCGCUGGUACUAUAUCGGGCAGCAGCGAUAUAGGAAAAUGCUGAAAGGAAUCAUCUUAUACUGCGUGGGAGGAGGCAAUGGUCAACCCCUCCUGUAUUCUACCAAAGACAACCACAGGGCUCUGUGGGCGCCAGGAGUCGAAAUCGACUUGACGGCACACUUUACCUUAUCUUUACGAAGCCUCCAGAUUGGGCCAGGCCUGGCAUACAUACUGGAACCCUGGUCAACAGAGCAGAAUCUUCAGUUUGUUGCAUUUCAUGCCCCAAGGCCCCAACUGGACUGCAGGGCCCCUGGGUGCGACAUUGGGCCAGCAUAGCGUAGUGGUUAGAGUGUUGAACUAGGACUGGGAAGAUCUCAUUCAACCAUGAAACUAGCUGGGUGACUCUAGGCCAGUCACUUAACUCUCAGCCUAACCUACCUCACAGGGUUGUUGUGAGGAUAAACAUAUCCAUGUACACUGCUCCUCGGAGGAAGAGCGGGAUAAAGUAUAAAAAUGAAUGGAUGCAUGCAUUGCAAAGUUGCAAACCCCCACACCAUCCCAAGCCUGCCCUUGGGUACAGCUGCUACAACCUGGCCAUGACAGUGCAAUCCCCCAAGAUGUGAAUUGCUAAAGCCUCCCUGCGUUUAGGGCUCUUUAUCUUCCCUCAUCCACCAUUUCAGCCUCUCUGCACCUGCCCUCCUGGCUGCAUUUCUUUUAGUUUCCCUUUGAGCUUCCUGGUAGAGGCAGUGAAAAGCAGUAUCCAAAGCAGCACAGCCCCAGCCCCUAACUUCUGUCUUUCUUUUCUCUCCCUCUCCACCACUUCCUUCCAACACACCACCAUGAAAAGCACGGUGGUCAUCUGCCAUGCUCUGUUUCCAAGGUGGAGACUAGGGCUCCGCAGUUACCCCAAGCCUUCCUUCUGUCCAGUACUGAGGCAUUUGCUUUCCUUUAGGGGGUGAACAGAGAGAUGGGCAGCUGGGUUUCCACAAAUCCUUGCACAAGCUGGGUAGAGAGAAGGGAAACAAAAUACACACCUCUGUGCAGACAUUGGUCAACAUUCCAUUACUCUCCCUGGGGUGCUCCCAUCCCCAACUAGUUCAGCAUGCAUGUGCUGGUCCUAAAAUGCACCUCCAUGUACAGAGCUGCUUUCUUGGCAUGGGGUGGGGGGAGAGAAAGACCCCAAAGGCACAUUAAGUGGUCUGGGAAAGCCAGAAUAUCUGCAGACUUUCUGUGGACAUCCAAACAUGCGAGGAGGCCAAGAGGAAAGCUCUGGAAAUAAACAGGGACAGGUCUUGGGCGUUCCUAAUUAAAACCCCAGCACUCCAUCGGCAGAGCAGAAUCUUGAGUCCAAAUCUUAGAAGCUGGCGACAGCACACAAAGUGGCUGAGCGAGCAAGCCAGCCAGCCAGGCCAAGGGCCUGUGGCACACUUCCCCACUCGCCCACCCUACCAUGAGGCAGUGUGGCCCAUCAGACUCGCUCAGCUAUUUGUUCAGUCUGUCCCAUCUACUGUGACAGCUGCCUUGGGCUCUUCACUUGCUCGGCACAAGAGCACUUAGCGCUCAUCUCUGAGUGACACACAUACACACACCACUUUUGCCCUGGAUUUCCUGCUGCGUCUUCCAUUUCCCCAACAUGCCCGGGCUCCUCUGUCCCCCCAGACAUGUCAGGCCCACCGAAUCUGGACCCAGCCAGCUGCUUUCCCCCUCUAUUUUCCUCUGCGUCCAACUCUUGUCCACACGGCGAUCACUUUAGUCUAGUCUUCAACAUGUUCACUCCCAGAGCCUACCUCCAGUUCCAACAUGCCCCUCAGAAUCCACCCUUUGGCCACAUACCCCACCUUCCUCUUUCUCCUCUUGCAAAAAGAGAAAAUGAUGGCAGUGCCAUCUCCACUGGCACAAACCAUCUAAGGCUAGGAUGUGAUCCAGUUUUUAUUUCACAUAUUCGUUUUGAGGAGUGCUAUCCCACCUUGCAAUGAAUAUUUUCAAGGCUGCUCACUUAAUAGCUGCCUUGGGAUUUUAAUGAAAGGCAGGAUUGGUUGGUUGGUUGGUUGGUUUCAAAAUCAGUACAAAAUAAAUAGUUAACCUGACAAGAAAAGCACCCACAAUUCCUGCAAGCACCUCGUCUGAAACAGGCAAGCAGCAGCUCCAUACCCUAAAACACCGCCCCGCAGCAAGAAAGCCAGCCAUUAAAAGUCUGAGCAAAGAGGAAGGCUUGGCACUUGCAACUCCAAUUGAUCAGCACAGGAGCCAGGCAAGCCCCCUUGGGGGGAAGCACUAAAAGUGGGGGAACUGGUUGCCACGCACACCUGAUUUCUGUUGUGGGGACUGACAGAGGAAAAGGCCUCCAAUGGGAUCCUCUUAAUGCAGGGUCCCCAGGGGUUGCUGGACUAUAGCUCCCAUCGCCACUGGCCAAGCAGCCCAGAUUAAUCCCGUUAAGAAUGACCCUCACAAGACAGAGGGGCAGGUCUCAAGACGCCUAGGACUGUCCUUUCCUUUCCCCAGCAUCGCCUUCCAGGGCCCUUGAACUGGAGAUACCAGAGGCCAAGUCCAGGAACUCCUGCACGCAAAGCGUGGGCUCGGCCACCAAAGCAACAAGAGGUGGGACUGAAAAGGUCUAAAUGGUGGUUUCUGCUCAGGGCUUGGGAUGCAGAGGGCUGGAAAGAAGGGGAAAGGCACAGAACUGACAAAGGCUCUCCUGUUCUUCACAGGCAAUGGGUGGGGUCGCAGGACAGUCUCAAUCGGCACCUUUGGUGAGGGGUGUGCUGUGCCAUGGACCAUCUUUGGAACCAAGGAGGCCUAGCACUUUAGUGUCCCCAGCCUGCCUUCCCUUUUAGUUCAGAACUGGCACAUUAGUACAUACUAUGCUUUAGAGGUCAGCUGUUAGUCUAGGUUGGGGAGCGGAGCAUCCAAUACCUGCUCUUGUGCCCUGUGGCAAGUCAGGCAACUGAUUCGGCCAUUCUGCCAGGUGGAGGGGGGAAAUGGAGUAAGUGUCAGGGCACACAGGAAAGGGCCUAACUCUGAUCACCAUUCGCAACCUCCACCACAUCCUCCGCCAUCUUGAAUACCUGAUCACUGGUGCUAAAGCCACUUGGGCCAAGGGGAGGUUGUGAAGGAGGAGGAGGGGACAAGAAGACCAUCAGGAGGGUGGCUGAAAGGAAGCAGCCCAAGCACAGGGGGAAAGCCAGAGCUGAGAUUCAGGAGGGCAGGAGAGAGCGGGCGGAAGCGCACAAGCAUGGUUCCAACCAGUCGUGAGAUGUAGUCCUGGCUUCAUGGCAAUGGAUCAUAGCCCAGCGAUCCAGAGCCAGGGCUGAUCAGACACAGAAGAGUGUACACCAUCUAAGCGUUUGCAGUCCAUUCAGUAGUGAGGCCAGGAGAUCCACAUGCAAAUCAGAUGGGAAGAUUUGGUGCCCUCCCUCCUCUUGGCAGGUUGGCUGGUUGGUUAAGGCCUGGGCUGAAAGACCCAUACUCUAAACCCACAGAUCGUGGGGGUGGGGGUGGGGGCUGGCAUUUGAUAGUAGCUGAGCAUCACAAACCAAUGCAGAAAGUAGGAGAGAAAAUAAGGCUAGCUGUUAAAUCCAACCCUUUGAGAUGGUCCUCUCUCAUGUGGGUCUUCAUGACGGUUCGGUUCCAAGCCAAGAAUUGCCUCCCACUAUCUUGCUGAGGGACAAGCAUGUCCUUGAACAAGCCAAUGCAACAGGAAGACGCAAGAAGCCUCUUUUGUUCAUGUCGACAACCUCUUAAGCAGAACAGGCUGGUCAACUUGCAUCAGCAAUGGUUAUGAUCACAGGAAUCAUUGAUCAGGGCCAAGGAAGGCUAAGGGAGGAGAACAGGGUGCGUCACUGAAACACUGGCCACAGUUCCCGGUGGUGGUUGUCUGACGGAAGUCUCUUGCAAGCAGUCAAGCAUGAAGGAAAAGGCCUCCAACUAUCUCUGCUGAAAGAUAGGCGGCUCAAGCACCCUUCUCUUGACCAGUUUCGUUGGUCAGAAGUGACCCAAGCCACAGCUCUCUUCGCUUCUGCUGAGCCCCAGGCAGAUGAAGGUCAGAAUCCCCACCCCGGACUCACUCUGCCAGACUAAGGGUGGUCUCCCCUUUCCCCUUUUUGUCUCCAGAGAACCCAAAGUGCUCUCUUCUGCGUGCCCUUUGGCCUCCUUCUCGUUUUAGGUGCCUUGAAAAUUUUCAGACUUUUCAAAUGAAUGUGCCGCGAGUUCCCUUAGUCCUUCUUUUGGGUUGGUUUGUUUUUCAUAGAAAAACAUAAAAGAGUACACGGUUUUUUUAAAAACCAAAAAAAAAUGAUGAUUAUAAAAAUGAAAAUCUUUCCUUGCCCUUUCUUGGAAUAAAAUAGAAAAAGAUUU